AUGUUACGAUACAAAGACGAUUGGGAAAUGGAGUGUUUCUGUAAGGAAAUCACGGCAGUCAACAUCAUCGCCGAUUUCGAUCGUUGUUCUAUUCGUUCACAGAAGCCGGUUGCCGCUCCAACUCCUGCUGUGCCAUCCUCCGUCUUCCCCGCUGCAUUUACUCCAAGUUUUUCUUCAGAAAACAAUUUAUUACAUCUUUCGACAUAUGGUGAUGAACCUGCUCCGUUUAUUCCACCAACAUCUAAUAGUGUUGCUGCUUCGUUUGGUUCAUCACCCAGAAAAUCCAGGAAAUCCAUGCUUCGGAUCCGAGUAUGGGAUUGUUCGACCUGGGCAGCGUCGGCAGAAUCUGCGCCGUUUAGUACAACACAAAAGACGUGCAUGCUGAAGUUAAUGAAAAAAGAUGGGGUGUAUUGUGAAGAUUGUCGUGUAAAAUUGGCCCAAAACUGUGUUGUUGCUGUAGUGGGCAGCCAAAGAAAGCCGCGAUUUAUGAGUGUAUUGUGUGCAGUGAGAAAUGAGCACGCUCAGCGGAUGGUCUGCAGCAAAGAAUUGGAUAAAUUCAACAUCGGAGAAGUGAACAGAAUGAUAAAAGAACAUGAACUUUCUGUCCAUUUAGUUUAUCUUUGA